AUGACGGAACUGAUUCGCGAUACCGCAUUUGGACACAUUGUGCGAUUUGUAUCGCGAGGGAAGCUUCUACAGUACCAGGAGGAAAGAGACCCUUCGAUUUGGACCAAGUUCAUCGAUGAGAAACAAUCGGGAUACCUGGCUCACCAUGGCACAACGGAUCCACCUGAAGACGGUAAAGAGCCGGAGACCCUAGGAGGAGUACGCACUCGCGAGGACCAUGGGAAGAAAGAGCGAUCGGAUUCGAACAGCUCGUCGGACACAAGGGUUGGAGAAAAUGGAGAGCAUAUCAAUCGCGCAAGCGGCGUGAAAGUCGAUGCGGAGAAAGGCAAGGACCUGGAUGUUGUCACUUGGUACAAUGAUUCGGAUCCUGAGAACCCUCAAAACUGGAGUCUGGUCAAGAAAUGCUUCGUCACGUUUGAAAUCUGUCUCCUGACGACGAGUAUCUACAUUGGCAGCUCGAUCUACACGGCCGGAACGCAAAGUGUAAUGGCUACCUUCGGGGUCUCUCAGGUGGCUGCGACUCUUGGUCUCACGCUCUUCGUCGCUGGAUACGGUUUGGGACCUAUGAUUUGGAGCCCAAUGUCGGAGAUUCCUCAAAUUGGAAGGAACCCAAUCUACCUGGCCACUCUCUUGAUCUUCGUGGCUCUGCAAGCCCCAACCGCCCUAGCUUCGAACUUUGGCAUGCUUCUCGCCUUCCGUUUCAUCACUGGUUUCUUUGGCAGUCCGGUCUUGGCUACGGGAGGUGCUUCUCUCGGCGACAUCUGGUCGCCCAAGAAGCGCGCAUAUGCCAUUAGUAUUUGGGGUAUUGCAGCGAUCUGUGGUCCAACGAUGGGACCUCUCGUCGGUGGCUUCGCAGUCCAGUUUGGACCUUAUGGAUUCGGUGGUUUCACAGCACCAUGGACCUGGCCAAUUUGGGAGCUGAUGUGGCUCUCUGCAUUCUGCUUCGUCUUUCUGUUCUUCUUCUUCCCGGAGACCAGCGCCAACAAUAUUCUCCUCCGACGCACGAAGCGCCUGCGCAAGUUGACUGGCAACGACAAGCUUACUUGUGCUCCUGAACUCAUGGCGGCCGAGAUGACAACCCGCGAUAUUGUGAUGAUGUCGCUGGUCAGGCCAUUCACUUUGAACUUCACAGAGCCAAUGGUAUUCCUGCUGAACUUGUACAUCGCUCUGAUCUACGGUCUCCUGUACAUCUGGUUCGAAAGUUUCGUCAUUGUCUUCGUUGACAUUUAUGGAUUCGGCCUUGGACAGGAGGGACUGGCUUUCCUCGGCAUCCUCGUCGGAGCAUUAGUCGUCAUCCCUCCCUUUUUCUGUUACCUUUACUUCGUCCUUGAGCCCCAGUUCGACUCGGAAGGUAACAUUCAGCCCGAGAAGAGACUGCCGCCGUGCUUCGUUGGAGGAGUUUGCAUUCCCAUCUGUCUCUUCUGGUUUGGAUGGAGUGCUCGUGCUUCGAUACAUUGGAUUGUACSCAUCGUCGGCUCAGCAUGGUUCGCCAUUGGCUCGUUCCUCCUCUUCAACUCGAUCCUGAACUACCUGCCCGACGCUUACCCAGAGUACGCUGCCAGUGUGCUCGCUGGAAAUGACUUGUUCAGAUCGGCUUUCGGUGCAGGCUUUCCAUUGUUCGCCUCGGCCAUGUUCAAGGACCUUGGGGUUGCAUGGGCAAGCAGCACUCUUGCUUUCAUCUCGAUUGCUUUCAUUCCCAUUCCAUUCGUACUGUACAAGUUUGGACCCACUUUACGAAACAAUUACUCCAAGGCAGCACGCAAAGAUGAGAAGAAGGAAUAG